AAAGAUAUAAAGGAGGGUAUGCUGUCCCUUUUUUUCUUAUUUUUUUUUAAAGUACUAGCUUUGUAAUAUGUGUGCUGUGUAAGAACGUGUGCUGAAGUUUCAUGUUUCAGGUAAUCUUCUUUAAAAUAAUGGCAGUCUAGAUUGCAUCAGUUAGUUUAAAACUGCUAUGCUAUUGGUGGACACAGAAUGGGGUUAGAGCCAAAAUUUGACUGUGUUUCUGCCAAAGUCUGUAUCAGAUUUAAGACACAUGCUUCUGCAAGCUUCCAUGAAGGUUGUGAAAAAAGUUUUAAUACAGAGUUGGAUUACAGCACUCUGUAGCUCAAAACAUUGGCCGUUAUACUACCAUCUUAACAGGCUGCUGUAACACAGAGCACAAAUAAAGCAGAUUUUUAAGUUUUCUGGACUAUAAAUUAAUUUUCAAUACUUCUGUGGGUCCUGGUAGAAGAUACAUUAACUUUAUUAACUGGAACCUGUACUUGAUUUCUUGUAAGAAUAGGUAUAAUUAAAAUAACCUUUAGCAAUUUAUUUCAUUUGAUCUAAAAAUACUCUAUAAAUUAUGUUAGCUAGGUAAAUUAUAACUGUGUUGGAUGAUAAGACAGUUAUUUACUUCACCCCUGCAAAUGUUGUUUGGAUUUAAAACAGAAAAUCUGGAAGCUUUGUUAAAAAACUAUUAAUAGAGAAAUGCAUUUCAAAACAGACUCCUCCAGCUGUACGAUAUCAACUGCGUAGUAAUUGGUGGAUCUUAAACAUCACAAUGUACAAACCGUGGGCAACUGUGAAUAUUUUUAUGGUAUCUCUUCUGCAUUUGCUUCAGGGAUCUGAUUAUGAGUAUGGAUCUGUGAAGAGGACAUCUCUGUCAGCAUUAGAACGAUCAGAACAGCAGAUCAGGAAAGCAGCCAGUCUAGAAGAGCUGCUUCGAAUCACUCAUUCAGAAGACUGGAAGCUGUGGAAAUGCAGGCUAAAACUCAAAAGCCUGGCCAAUUUUGAUUCCCGAUCUGCAUCACAUCGCUCCACUAGAUUUGCUGCUGCUUUCUAUGACAUCGAUACGCUAAAAGUCAUAGAUGAGGAGUGGCAAAAAACUCAGUGUGUGCCAAGGGAAACCUGUGUGGAAGUUGCCAAGGAGCUGGGUACAACCACCAACAAAUUCUUUAAGCCUCCCUGCGUGAAUGUGUUCCGAUGUGGAGGCUGCUGCAAUGAGGAGAGCCUGAGCUGCAUGAAUACAAGCACAACUUACGUUUCAAAAACGCUUUUUGAGAUUUCAGUUCCUUUGACAAAUGUGCCAGAGCCAGUGCCAGUCAAAAUUGCCAACCAUACUGGUUGUAAGUGCUCAUCAAAUAUUCAGCGUCCCCCUUAUACCAUCAUACGAAGAUCAGUCCAGUAUCCAGAGGAGGACAGAUGCCCUUUUUCCAACAAACUUUGCCAUAGUGGGUGGAUAUGGGACAGUGACAAAUGUGAAUGUGUGGUGGACACACAGCAUCCCAACCGAAGAGAAGGACUCCCUCCUCUUGCUGAGCUGGCUAUGUGUGGACAACAUAUGGAAUUUGAUGAAGAUAAUUGUGAGUGCAUCUGCAAACGGAAAUGUCCUAUUGAUUUCUUUCAAAGUAAAGAGAACUGCAGCUGCUAUUUGUGUCAGGAGAGCCAGGAGAGCUGUGCUCAGAAACACAAGAUAUUUCAUGCUGAAAACUGCAGGAGUUGGCUUUCACUGAAAGAGAGUGCCUGGAGAUGGGGCAGCAUGGACUGAAAUACUACAUAGAUUGGAACAAGGAAAAGAUCAGAGAGGAAGAGGCAGAGAAGAAGUGGAGGAAAAAGGACUGGACAUACUUGUUUCACUGAACCAACAGAGAGGACUGAUAGGAGGGGCAGAGAAGUGGUUACUGAGGUAACAGUUUUUCAUGGUGUUUUACUGAAGAAAAAGCAUUCUGUAAGGUUUUUUUGUGGGAUAUUAGUGUAUGUUGUUUAAUAUGUGUAGUUGUAUGUUUGUGGAUAAGUAGCUGUUUUUGCAACGUGUGUUUUGUUAAAACAAGGACACUCAAUAUGUGAGUGUUGCAAGUGUAGGGUGAUAAGUAUAUUUUUAAUAAAAUUUGUAAAUAAUAAAAAAGGUUCCCAUCACCAUGUUUGCUGCAUAUGGACCAUGUGUUUUACAGUCAUGUUAAGUGUUGGCUGCAUUUCAUCAACUUCAUAGUUGGCUUCCAUUGCUGAGCACAUGCUGCGUUUGGCAGCAAUUUAAUAAUAGAUAAUGUAUUUAGUGAGAAUUGCUUGUAUGCAACUAUAAGAUAAACGGUUUUUUUCCCUGAUGCCAAUUAUGGUAAAAAACCUUGUCUUGUAUUUGAGUAAAUACAGUAAUAUAAUUAAUUAAAGCUCCCUAAAAGUAGCUGAACCUGUGUAGAAUUUCUAGUUUGCUAUCAAAGGUACCACAAAAGCCAGCUGAUAUAGCUGAAGGUAUAAGGUUCAUCUGUUCUGAUCAAAACAUAAAAAUGUUGGAUCAGUAGAGGAAAAUUUCAUCAACAACUGUAGCUUGUCUUGAACAUAGAAAUGGAGCCUGCUUCUGAUGAUGUUCAGUAACAAAAUAAUGCAGGAAUGGUGAAUGUAUCUGAAUAUUUAUCUAUUUUGCCUUCAGUAGCAUCUUUUUAAAUGAUUAGAACCAAUCCUGUAAUGAUUUAUGCACACAUUUGUUUUACCUAGUCUGAGUAACUCCACUGUACAAAGUUAUGACUAUGCAUAAGAACAGUAGGAUCACCUUCCUUUCCCCCCGUUUCUCAAACUAUCACUCACUAGUGGAAUAUACAUAGCAAGUUUAAUAAUAUGAACUAGGUUUCUUUCUUGUCUGAGGCAGAUAUAGUUGCCAAGAUCUAACAGAGCUGUAAGAGUAAUAAAAAACCAUGCACCCAAGCCUGUGGGGCACCUGCAGACUGUCCUAGAACAGGAAUGGAAAAUAUAUGGCCUGUAGGCCAGAUCCAGCUUGGGGAGUCAGGUGAGUUGGACACCAUUGACCUAGAAGGCACCGAUGGCACAUUCAUCAUAUGCCAUCAGUGCCUUACCUUAGGUUCCUGUUGGGGACGAGGAUAGAUUUAACUGGACUCUUUGUUGGAAGAUAUACUCCAUCAUCCUGCAUCCUAAUCAUCCAUUUUUUGGAUGUUACUAGAUUACUACUGUCCUUGCAGCACAGAGGAGUUGCAAGUGAUUUAUUCUAUAGUAAGUUCUUAUCCUGGCAAACUUUCUGCUUCUGGAAGCUGUCUUUUUCCAUGUUACUAUCCUUUAGGACAAACUGCAUGUACUGGAUAUUUCUAACAUUCCCCAAAACAACAGGAAGUGAAAAAGAUGAAGAGUUGAAGUAACACUGCAAAUGCCAACACCCUGUGAUGUUCCUGAUUCCCCAAGAAGGUCACUGUGUUUUUAACAUCACAACAUAGGCCAUAAAUUCUCCAUGUGAAAAACAAUGGCUAAGGAAAUUCUGACACUGGCCCUUUUUUACAAAUGGCACCACAAGCAUCUAUGAAGCAGAUAUGUAACAAUUAGAAUUUCAUGAAGAUUUAUACAAAAUCCUAGGGUCGAUUUUCUAUGAAAGAUGCUAGAAAUUAUGUGUUUUGAAAUUUUCAAUGUACUUUUAAAAAUAAAUGUUUUAUACCACUUUUCAUACCAAUAUAUUAGAAAUUGCAUUAUGGAUUUAAAACAUUGGAUAUUUAGGCAUUGGAUAUUUAUAACAAUGCAGAAGACUUAAGUGAGGGAAAUAAAAUAGGUGACAAAUCUGUAUUUUGACUGAUGUCAUUAGCUCUUGAGUUAUGACUAAAAUGACUUUCACUGUAAAAAAGGUUGCUAGAAUGGAGAAACAGCUUUGUUUGAAAUGUGACAUGCCCCUUAUUUCUGUGUUCAGUUUGAAUGACUUUUUAAACAUAUGGACAUAAUAUACAUAUUUCAUAACCUAAGAA